AUGUCCUGCAGCGUCAGGGGCUGCUGCGCAGCAGCAGCAGCAGCAGCAGGCGCCUCCUGCUGCAGCACUGCCUGCGCUGCUGCUGCUGCUGCUGCCAGCAGGCACUGCAGCGCCAGCUGCAGCAGCAGCAGCCGCAGCAACGCCCUGCGGCCGCGCCGCCGCAAGGGCGAGCGAGCCCUCAUGUUUUCCGCUCUCCUCGCCUUGUCAGCUGCUGCCCGUGCUGCUGCUGCUGCCGUUGCUGCUGCUGCUGUCGCUGCUGCUGCUGCUGCUGCGGCCGCUGCUCUUGAGGUCCGACAGCUGCAGCAGCAGCGCCUGCUGCUGCUGCCUCAGCAAGAGGGCCUCAAGAGAGCCAUUAGACCGUCCAAUCCAGCCAGUUGGCUUCAAAGAGCCCGUGUCCUACUUCGGCGCAGCAGCAGCAGCAGCAGCAGCAGCAGCAGCAGCGGAGGCGGCAAGUAG